AUGUUAUCCCGAUUGUUCCGCAUGCAUGGCCAGUUCGUGGCUUCCCAUCCAUGGGAGGUCAUCGUGGGUACAGUGACUAUCACCAUCUGCAUGAUGUCCAUGAACAUGUUCACCGGGAAUGAUAAAAUCUGUGGAUGGAACUACGAGUGCCCAAAGUUUGAUGAAGAUGUUUUGAGCAGUGACAUCAUCAUCUUGACCAUAACACGCUGCAUUGCUAUUCUGUACAUCUACUUCCAGUUCCAGAACCUCAGGCAGCUUGGAUCUAAAUACAUUUUAGGCAUCGCUGGGCUUUUUACCAUCUUCUCAAGCUUUGUUUUUAGCACAGUGGUGAUUCAUUUCCUAGAUAAAGAGUUGACGGGUUUGAAUGAGGCUCUUCCAUUUUUCCUGCUGCUCAUUGAUCUCUCUAAAGCCAGUGCAUUAGCCAAAUUUGCCCUGAGUUCAAACUCACAGGAUGAAGUUCGAGAGAACAUUGCUCGUGGUAUGGCCAUUCUGGGGCCCACCUUCACUCUGGAUGCUCUUGUUGAAUGUCUGGUUAUUGGAGUGGGCACAAUGUCAGGUGUGCGCCAGCUGGAAAUAAUGUGCUGCUUUGGUUGUAUGUCCGUUCUGGCAAACUACUUUGCUUUCAUGACUUUCUUCCCAGCUUGUGUGUCCUUAGUCCUGGAGCUAUCCAGGGAGAGCCGUGAGGGUCGCCCCAUCUGGCAGCUAAGUCAGUUUGCAAAUGUGUUGGAAGAGGAGGAGGAUAACAAACCAAACCCUGUCACACAGAGAGUGAAAAUGAUCAUGUCUUUAGGCUUGGUUCUUGUUCAUGCUCACAGCCGAUGGAUAAGUCAACCACCUUCUCAAAACAGUACAUCUAUUCAAGACAAUAAGGUUUCCAUUGGCCUGGAUGACACAAUUCCAAAGAGGAUUGAGCCCAAUAUGCCUCUGUGGCAGUUCUAUCUUUCUAGAAUGGUCACCAUGGACAUAGAGCAGGUCAUAACCUUGGGCCUUGCUCUCCUCCUGGCUGUCAAGUACAUAUUCUUUGAGCAAACUGAAACCGAAUCCACCCUUUCCCUGAAGAACCCAAUUACAUCUCCUGUGACCAUGCAGAAGAAACCAGUGGAGGGAUGCUGCAGAAAGGAACCUGUAGCAGAGAAGCCAGGAAAAGAAGUUAAAGUGGAGGAUGUCUCAUCAUUGGAGGAAAAAGAGGCUGUUAUAAAGCCAUUACCUCUAGAGACUAUACCAGACAGACCAAACUUUCUUCUUUUGGGAGAGACACCAUCACAAGACUCAAGUGAAGAGGAACACGAAAACAGUUUUGAUAUCCCAGAAGAGCCACGGCCCAUUAAUGAAUGCAUUUGCAUCCUCAAAAGCCCAGAUAAAGGUGCUCGGUACCUGAGUGAUGCAGAGGUGAUCAGAUUGGUGAACGCCAAACACAUCCCAGCCUACAAACUGGAAACCAUGAUGGAGACUCCAGAAAGGGGAAUUGCUAUCCGCAGACAAAUGUUAUCUAAGAAACUGCCACAGUCAUCUGCUCUUCAGAACUUGCCUUACAAGAACUACGACUAUUCAUUGGUGAUGGGGGCAUGUUGUGAGAAUGUUAUUGGAUACAUGCCCAUUCCUGUUGGGGUAGCAGGACCUCUUAUUUUGGACAACAAAGAGUAUCAAGUUCCCAUGGCUACAACUGAAGGCUGCCUUGUGGCCAGUACCAACAGAGGCUGCAGAGCUAUACUGCUGGGCGGAGGUGCUCGCAGCCGUAUCCUGGCUGAUGGAAUGACUCGAGGGCCAGUGGUGAGGUUGCCAACAGCUUGUGAUGCAGCUGAAGUGAAAACUUGGUUAGACAGUCCUGAGGGAUUUAAAGUAGUCAAGGAUGCCUUUGACAGCACAAGUCGGUUUGCCAGACUUGGGAGACUUCAAACCAGUGUAGCUGGGCGUAACCUUUACAUUCGAUUUCAGUCAAAAAACUGGAGAUGCUAUGGGAAUGAACAUGAUAUCAAAGGGAACUGAAAAGGCUCUGUCUAGAUUGCAAGAAGAGUUCCCUGAGCUGCAUGUCCUUGCUGUAAGUGGCAACUUCUGUACAGACAAGAAGCCAGCUGCCAUCAACUGGGUGGAGGGGAGAGGAAAGUCUGUGGUGUGUGAAGCUAUCAUUCCAGCGAAUGUUGUGCGAGAGGUACUGAAAACAUCAACCGCUGCACUGGUGGAAGUCAACAUCAACAAGAAUCUGGUUGGCUCUGCCAUGGCUGGCAGCAUUGGAGGUUACAACGCACAUGCAGCUAACAUUGUGACUGCAAUAUACAUAGCUUGUGGACAGGAUGCCGCUCAGAAUGUAGGGAGCUCCAACUGCAUCACUCUAAUGGAGCCUGCAGGCCCUACUAAUGAGGAUUUAUACAUCACCUGCACAAUGCCUUCUAUAGAAAUUGGAACUGUUGGAGGUGGAACUACUCUGGCCCCCCAGCAGGCUUGCUUACAGAUGCUUGGAGUACAGGGCGCAAGCACAGAGUAUCCUGGUAAAAAUGCAUGCCAGCUUGCACAAAUCGUCUGUGGCACAGUAAUGGCAGGAGAACUUUCCCUAAUGGCAGCUUUGGCAGCUGGGCAUUUGGUGAAGAGCCAUAUGGUCCACAACAGGUCAAAAAUAAACCUUCAGGAUUUGGCAGGCACAUGCAUAAAAAAAGCUGCCUGA